AUCAAAUAUGGCGGAAACAUGGGAAUAUGGAUGAGUUUGUUUUGCUUUUAGAAAAGACCUUGCAGAUGGACAAUUCAUUAGAUUAAGAAGUCAUGAGGGCCAGAAGCAACUCCAUUGUUCGUCUGGACUGGUAUCAUCGUCUCGUAAACCGGACAAUAUUAGAUUUUCAGGAUCCAGUAACUGGUCUGUUGCCACCGAAAAUCGACUGGAAUGCUUAUAAAUCAAGAUCUUGUGACUGUAAGGAUGCUUGGGUGCGGGACAAUGUUUACAGUAUCCUGGCUGUGUGGGGUCUGUCACUUGCUUACAGAAAGAACGCUGACAUGGAUGAGGACAGAGCAAGGGCACAUGAACUUACACAGGCUGUGGUAAAGUGCAUGAGAGGUUUGCUGCUCUGUAUGAUGAGACAGGUUGAAAAGGUUGAAAAAUUUAAGAAAUCUCAAGCAAAGGAGGAUGCCUUACAUGCAAAAUACAAUUUAAAGACUUGUAGUCCAUGUGUUGGAGACCAUGCCUGGGGACAUCUUCAGAUUGAUGCCACAUCACUCUACCUCCUCAUGUUGGCUGAAAUGACUGCCUCAGGAAUACAAAUUAUUUUCACUCUUGAUGAAGUUGCCUUUAUUCAAAAUCUGGUGUUCUACAUUGAAAAAGCAUUUUGCAUCCCAGACUAUGGUAUUUGGGAAAGAGGGGACAAACUUAAUCAUGGCAUGCCAGAGCUAAAUACAAGUUCCAUUGGAAUGGCAAAGGCUGCUCUGGAAGCAUUGGAUGGUUUGGAUUUAUUUGGCCCAGAGGGAGGACAUGCCUCUGUUAUCCAUAUUCUUCCUGAUGAUAUCCAGCAGUGUAAGGCUAUUUUACAGUCAAUGGUACCAAGAGAAUCCAAUUCCAAGGAAGUUGCUGCUUCUGUUUUGAGUGUAAUUAGUUUCCCAGCUUUUGCCGUUGAAGAUGCAGAUCUAGUCAAAGAAUCUAGGGAAAAAAUAAUUUCAAAACUUCAGGGUCGAUAUGGUCUUACUCGUUUCAUCCGAGAUGGUUAUAAAACUCCACUUGAGGACCCAUUCAGACUUCAUUAUGAACCAGCUGAACUGGAGAUCUUUGAGAAUAUCGAAUGUGAAUGGCCAUUGUUCUUCUGUUACCUCCUUCUUGAUGGUGUGUUUCAUGAUGAUGAGGAGCAGGUGAAAACAUACACAAAGCUGCUGGAACCUCUGCUUGUGAGAGAUGAAGGUGGUCUUCCUUUAGUUCCAGAAUUCUUUUAUGUACCCAGGGACAAGGUUGAUGUUGAGAAAGCUAAUCCGCACAGUGUGGAAAGGAAUUGUGGGGAAUAUGUGUUGCACUUGUGGUCUCACUCGCUCUAUGUUCUGGCAUGUCUGCUAAAAGAGAACUUUAUCGCAGUUGGGGAGAUUGACCCUCUUAAUCGUAGACAUUCGACCGACAAAAGACCAGAUGUAGUGGUGCAAGUGUCCCUGCUUGCUGAAGAUGAGUUGGUAAGAAGUCAUUUGAGAAAACUUGAUGUCCCUGUUAAAGUGACACAGAAUGUGGGCCCAAUUCAGGUCCUACCAGCUCGCACCCUCAGCUCCAUGUACCAGCAGCUUGGGAAAAAUCUCAAGUUAGAUCUGACAGGCAGGCCAAACUAUAACAUCGGAGUCUUAGGAACUAGCAUGUUGUACAACGUCGGAAACUCCAUUUUGGCUUUUACACCCCAAAUACUCGACUAUCACCAGUUUUACCUAGCUCUUGAUAAUGAGUUCCUUGCUGAUCGGAUCAAGUCACUUGUGGGUUUCCUCGGAGCUAAUUGGAGAAGACUCGGAAGACCGAUUCUCACAAUGACGAUCACUCACUCAAUGUUGGAGGACUCCCUCAAUUCAUCCAUUUCCAAGAUGAUUAUGAUGCUGAGGAGUGGCUAUAUAUCUGGAGUCAGGGUUCGUCUUGGGUAUCUGUCAGAAUUUUUGAGCACGUCCUGUAUUACAGGUCUGCAUUUUAUUGAGGACACUGAAGAGGUUUUUAGGAGACAUAGAAGGUCACGGGUACCCAGUGACCUGCUGCUGCGAACUGAUUCUGAAUCAAUCACAUCGGGAAGAAAUCGAGCUUAUAGCAGUGCUGGUCAUAGCGCGGUAAGAAGAAAGUCGAGUUACAAGGGUUUGGUUAAAAGAAGUAGAAGCAUCUCAGUGUACCACGAGCUAUCUGGUGGUACAUCUCUCUUUUGCCGUUGGUUGGGGGAAACACCAGAAAGUCCGGGGUACGUCAAGUUAACGACUUGGAAGUCACCUCAGUCGCCUUCACCUGACACUGAUGAGGACUGUGGCCCAUCAUUACCUACCUGGGGUACCGAUUCAGUUCCCGGAUGUGAAGCAUUUGAAGAUCGCGCAGCUAAUGGUUGGACACCAGCCAGGUCACGUGCCAUGUCCACUGACGUGGAGUUGGAAGAAUUACUGUUGCAACUCAAAGAAGCAGAGACAAUUGAUGCCCAAGCUGACAUACUACAUUUUUUGUAUAAUACAAGGGGUCCAGACUUUGAUACUCAACUUUUUGGUGAACCAGGAGUUACAGUACAAAAACUCCUCGGAGAGCUUUACGAAAAGGCUUGUCAAAGUAAGCUAUGGUCCUUAGUGCGUCACACCGCUGGGCUGUUGAGAAAACGAGUGGAGGAUCUAGCCGAGGCUGCUACAGAUCUUUUAGUGCACCAGAAGCAGCUGACUGUGGGGAUCCCUCAGGGUGGACACGAAGAGGUCAUAACAAGACCCCUUCCGCAAGAGGACAUGAAAAAUAUAAUUUUCAACGUUUUUGGUGAAGAUAUGAGCACUGGUGUUGUCACUCAGGAACUGUUAGUUUAUCUUGGGAUCUUUGUAAGGACUGAACCGUCUCUAUUCAAAGAGAUGCUGAGGCUUCGAGUCGGCCUGAUAAUAGAAGUUAUGGUGGCUGAGUUGGCGAGAUCCAUGGAUUGUUCCGGUGAAGAUGCCGCUGAGUUUUUCAUGAACUUGAGCCCUUUUGAGAUGAAAACUCUCCUGUAUCAUAUUCUUAGCGGAAAGGAGUUGGUCGUUUCAAGUGAUUUGUCCUAUGACAACAAGAGCACACCAGAGAAACAGAUCUCCAUCGUAAACGUCGACCUCCCGAAGAGGGUUGGGAUCCGAAAACUUUCUAGUGCUAUUAAGAAAAUAAGCUGUAUUAAAAUGUUUGCGGGGAAACAUAUGCAUAUGAGCGGUAGAGGAUUGCUACCAUCACCUGAUCAGGAUAAGCUGGGACCACAGAAAGAUAAAGAUGACGAGGACGAGGACCCUCAGGACCGCCUUGGGCAGUGGAUCAGGCGUAGGUGCCUUGAUGGAGCUCUUAACCGAGCCCCUGAGGAUUUUUACCCCAAAUUCUGGAAAGUUCUCGAAAAGUGUCGAGGUAUGACCAUUUACAAGCAUUAUCUACCGAACACCAUGGUCUUAGAGAUGACUCCAGGAGAAUUGAAGUUUGCGUUGUGUGUGGAAGCUGCCCUGAAUCGCAUUCCAGAGCCGGAAUAUCGCCAACUUGUGGUGGAAAUGUUGAUGGUGCUGUCUCUUGUGGUUGAAUAUCAUCCAGAACAGACCCUUGGAGACACUAUUGACGUUGACGAACUUGUUUUCGAGGGCCACAGUUUGUAUCUUAAUGAUCAGAUGAACAUCAAAGGUGAUUCCACUAUGUGUUGCGCUCGUCUUCCUCAUGAAAAAAUCAGUUGUGGUGGAGCAGCAGGCAUCUGUCGAUAUUUCUACGACACUGCUCCAAGUGGACGGUUUGGAACCAUGACAUAUUUUUCACGAGUUGUCGCCAAGCGAGUCAGUCAUCUUCCACAUGAGAAUGAGUGCGUGGUUGCUUAGAAUUAGAGAUUUUUUAAUGCAAACAAAGAAUUCAAUUUUUUGUAGUUUCUCAUGACAGAUAGUAACGCCUUUCUCCCGUACGUUAUUAUUUACUUUCUUGAAUUGACUUCUUGGAAUGUUUCAUUCUAUGAAAAGUUUGCCACUCGGUUAUGUGUGAACAAGAAUAAGCGCCGGGUGUAAAGCUGUUUAAAGGGAGGGGGUAAGUUUCUAAAGAAAGUGUGGUGCUGCGCCGAUGGGAGAGUAGAGCAAAGUAAUUUGGUGUUAUCGAAACGUCAGCGUAAGAAACUCUUGACGCUGGUCAGUUUGUAUUAUCAACUCAGCUGAUUAAACCAAACGAUCAUAUAAAGCUGUUUACGUGAGUUGAAAACCAGUAGAAUGAGUGACGUUAUAUUUAUUUAGAACUACGCGAAAGAAGAGGUCUUUAAUUUAUGAUACGGUUCCAAGACCUGUACAGAAUUUUUUUUUCAAAUUUUGUGGAGGCUUCUUUACAACAGCAUGGGUGACCUUUCUGAUUAUGCUCUCCCAUUCGUUUUAUAUGUUUCAUCUAAGCCAAUCAGUAUUCAGGCGUUAUCAAGCAAUAUCUUCUCAUUUCAUUCGUGAGUAAAUAGCAUCACAAAUUUCUUCUACCUCUUACAAAUUACUCCUUAAUAUAUAUCAUUAAUAAAAUUUAAUUGGCUAAGUGGUGGGAAAAUGAUACUACGUUCCAGCGACCAGGUUUGUUUUGUGAUCAAAAGGGGAUUCUCUUUAGCUCUUGAUUCAUUAUCUUGUCGCAGGCGUGAUCUUGUCGUGGUCAUAAUGGCAUGCCUCUCGCUAGUUUAUUGGCUUAUUGUAAACAACUUUGACAGCCUCCAACAACGCGUCAGAGGAGUGUGUUUUGGUGGAGUACCAUCUGGCGUAUCAUGUUUUCAAAGCUGACGCAAUUUGCUGAAGGGAAGUUGAUUGCAGUGGGAAGAAUCAGUAAACUUUGCGCAAAGUUCAGUCGUAAAUGCUAAAUGUUUUAACAAAUCGUCAAUGCAGUUACAGCUGAACGUAGUCUCUGGCCUCAAGAAUGUUCAGUGAGAAAACAUAAUUUAGUGUCUUGGUAAAGAGUUUUAACUAGGAAAUAUAAUGUGGCUGUAAAUAAUUACGCUUCUAAAAACUUUAGAAUUAAAUUAUAAGUUCGUGAUAAAUAAAAUUGAAAUACAAGUAAGGUUUUCUUUUA